CGCAAACAUGUGUACAUGUUUUCAUAAGAACUCUGCUUGUCAAGACGCUGUUUAAACGUUUACGUUUGUGAUAAUGGAUCUGUGAAAAAAGUGAUCUCAUGUUGACAUGAAGCUGAAGGAGUUGGAGAGUUGUCUUCAGCAGGUGGACGGGUUUGAAGAGCCCAAAAUCCUCCUGGAGCAGUACCCCACCAGCCCUCACAUAGCAGGUUGUAUGUUAUACACCAUCCAUAACACAUUUGAUGACAUACAGAACAAGCUUGUAGCUGAUUUGGGCUGUGGCUGUGGGGUGCUGUCUAUAGGAGCAUCAGUCCUUGAUGCUGGGUUUUGUGUGGGAUUUGACAUUGAUGAAGAUGCUUUGGAGAUAUUUAAACGAAAUGUGGAAGAAUUCGAAUUGUCGAACAUUGAUGUCGUCCAGUGUGACAUUUGCUCUAUGGGAUCUUUGUACGGCAAGAAAUUUGACACGGUUAUCAUGAAUCCUCCGUUCGGCACAAAGCAUAACCAAGGUAUUGACAUGCAGUUUCUGAGGACAGCAAUAUCCAUGGCCAGAACGGCUGUGUAUUCUCUUCACAAGACCUCCACGCGAGAUCACAUUCAGAAGAAAGCAAAUGACUGGAAAGUGAAAAUGGAGGUCAUUGCAGAGCUUAGAUAUGAUCUACCAGCAUCUUUCAGGUUCCACAAAAAGAAGUCGGUUGAUAUUCAAGUGGACUUCAUUCGAUUCACACCAGCAUAAAGUGCAAUUUUUUUUUUUAAUUCCAUUUCUCAAAAUGAAUUUUAUAUUGUAUCAUAACAAUAAACAACAUUGUUGUUACUA